AUGAAAUCUGGAUACAGUGCUUAUUUUUCAGUGAUCGUUGGUUGGUGUUUAUACUAUUUUUACAAAUCCUGUGCUUUGUCAAGUCUUCCAAAAGAUGAGGAAACAAGUAUUCAGAUUUUUAAUGCAUUUGCAAGGGAUUCCUAUUGGCCAGUAUUAACUCACUCCUUAGCUGUUUUCCUUGUUGGUGCCUGUAUAUUUGGAGGUAUAAAAUGGAUUGAGAAAGCCAACAUGAUUUUGGUGCCUAUGUUACUAGGAAUAUUGAUUUUUACAUUUGGAUGGUCAUUAACAAGAAAAUACUCAGAAGUUGGGAUCACAUUUCUAUUUACUCCUUACUGGGGUAGCAUGUUCAGCCCCAGUUUAUGGGUUGCUGCUGCUAGCCAAAAUGCUUUUGAUACUGGUGCAGCUAUGGCUUUGUUUAUUUCGUAUUCUGCGUAUUUCAAUCGAAAAAAUGGUUCUGUACGACUGGGGACUAUGAUUCCAAUGGGUAAUAAUAUGGUGAGUCUACUCUGUGCACUGACAAUAUUUUCAACUGUGUUUUCGACUUUAAUACAAAAUUCGCCCACAUUGACACGUUCUGGUAUUGUAAAAAUUAUGCAAUCCAAUGGACCUGGUAGUACAGGUUUAACAUUCACCUGGAUUCCAGUCUUGUUUGCUUACGUUGGCGGUUUCGGAAGAGUUUUAUGCUCGUUAUUCUUUUUAUGCCUUUCAUUCGCUGGGAUAACUUCACUAAUUGGUCAUGUUCAGUUAACAGUUAUAACAGCGAAGGAUUUAGGAUUGAGCCACAGACAAGCUGCUUUUGCUGGUCUAUUUCUUACACUGAUAUUCGGUUUGCCUUCAGCAUUCAGUAUAAAUGUUCUUACAAAUCAAGAUAAUGUUUGGGGUUUUGCGCUUAUGCUGUCAGGUCUUGCUAUGGCCGGUUUGGUGUUGAUAUACGGUCCAAUGAAAUACAGAAAAGUAAUUGUGAAUGACUUUGGAAUCGGUGAUUGGACACUUCCAAUUGUCUGGGUUUUUAUGAUAAGUGUUUUAGUACCACUUUCUGGAGUCGGAUUAAUCAUUUGGUGGGCUUACGACCUGAUACGAUCAAACCCCUAUUGGUACCAUGUAACAUUAGACUCUAUGACGACUACAUUACUUGAGUGGCUGACUCUUUUCCUAAUUCUAAUAACUGCUAACAGUAUAGCAGUGUGUAAAAAUGUGGAUCUCUUCCGUAAAGACAAACAAACUGGUUAUGAUCCUCACAAUCCUGAUUAUCCACCAAAAGAUGAACUCCAGUCAACAGAAGAUGAAUUCAUCGUUGUAUCAACUGACAGUGUAAAUAUAAAUGAACAUCAAAUUCGAACAAAUAUGUAA